CAAAUUAAGCAUGCAAAUGAGUACUAGUCCGAGUCGCCGAAGUGGGAAAUUUCAAGCUUAGAUCGAUCCGACCAACCGAUCGAUCCCACGUAGUAUUCUAAGGUGGCUGGGGUAGGAAUGCAAAAUGGGCUUUAAAAUGGGCAUAGCCAGUAGCAUUACUGCAGUACUGUAUACUCCAAUGGCAGUCACUCCAACUCUCUGGUAGUUCAUUUUGAGCUUCUGCUCUUGAACUUCCAUUUUUAUAGAUCUCCAUAUAUAGAAUCUCCAUGUUUUUUGUUUCUGCAAAGAAAUUAAACCGUUAGCUAGGGCAGACACGUACACCAUAUGUUUGGACGUUUCACUAUGAUUUUAGAUCAUAAUCUGGGAAGUUUCCAGCUUGCACGACUUCUGUGCUUAGCCUCCCUGAUUUAUCUCUUGUCAAAUAUUAUAUUUUUCAUCACCAAACGUUCACCCAAAGUUUUCUUACUAGAUUUUGCUUGUUACAAGCCUCCACUCACUCAGAUGUGCAGCAAAGAAAAGUUCAUAGAAAGGUUUAAGAUAUAUGGGAACUCAAACGAGGCCAGUAUAGAGUUCAUGAGGAAACUGUUGAGGAAAUCAGGAUUGGGUGAGAAGACAUACAUGCCAUCGAAUCUGCUGAGGGAUCCUCCGGAUCUGUGCAGAGAAGAGACGAUGAGAGAGGUUGAGACAGUGAUGUUUGGCGCAGUGGAUUUGUUACUGGAAAAGACGGGAGUGAAUGUUAAGGAAAUAGGGAUAGUAAUAGCCACAACUAGUAAUCUUAACGUUGUACCGUCUCUUGCUGACAUGGUAGUUCAUAGGUAUAAGCUUGGACAGAAUGUUCUGGUCUACAAUUUUACGACAAUGGGAUGCAGUUCUGGACUUAGAGCAGUAGGCCUCGCCCAAAAGCUACUCCAGGUGCACCCUAAUACAUAUGCCCUUUUGGUUAGUCCAGAGAACGCUAAGCAAACAAUCUACAAAGGCAACGAGAAGUCCAAACUCUUCAUAAAUUUCCCAUUUCGUGUCGGUGGGGCCGCCAUUCUUCUUUCAAACCGGUCGUCCGAUCAUGACAAAGCAAAGUACGAGCUUAUCCACUCUGUCCACACCCAAACUGCUAGUUCCGACCGUUCCUACAAGAGCAUUUUCGACGAAGAAGACUCCGAAGGAAUAUGGGGUGUCACCAUAAGCAGAGAUCUCUUAGCGGUGGCCAUUGAGGUUGUCGAAGCCAACAUCCGUGCACUUGGUUCCCUCGUCCUUCCCUUAUCUGAGAAAAUCAGAUACCUCACAAACUAUUUUAUCAGAUACUUUAACAUCGCCGAUGUUAAACCCUACAUCCCAAACUUCAAGAAAGCAAUAGAGCACGUGUUCCCACAUGUCGGCACAAAACCUAUUCUGGACGAGUUUGAGAAAAACCUAGGGUUCAAGGAGGCUGACGUCGAAGCUUCGAGGAUGAACUUGUUCAGGUUUGGGAACACUUGCAGCUGCUCUGUUUGGUAUGCGCUGUCUUACGGGGAGGCUAAGGGGAGGAUAAAGAAGGGAGACCGCUUGUGGCAGAUUGCAUUCGGGUCUGGAUUCAAGUGCAGCAGUGCAGUUUGGCGUGCUUUGAGGACUGUUGGUGGUGACGAGAGGAACCCGUGGAAGGAUGAGAUCGAUGAGUUUCCGGUGGACGUGAAGAACAUUCAAACUUAUUCCAAGUUAUUUGAACGACCAAAAAGAAACGAAGACGGGACUUUGGGAUCCAUGGAUUCAUAAUUGUGAGACGCUUUGAACCGGCGGCACCUAUUAUCUGUAUUUGUCGAAAAUUAAUGAGGAGUGGACACGUAUGCUAUGCUUUAUGAAACAUUUGUGAGUGCGCAAUAGGCGAUAAAUGCCUCCUCCCCCCCCUCGGCGACCCCCCCUUCUCUCUGCAUUCUCAUUUCUGCAGAUCCUGCCCCCACCCGACCACCCUCUUCUCGCUGCGCUUCCCUCUUCUCUUUGCGCUCCCCAUUUCUGCAAUCUCCCCCCACCCCGCCGACCCCCUCUCUACGCUCCCAGUGGUCCCGAUCUCGCACACCGAUCUCACACACAAACCCAUAUUCCGUCUCUCCUGUACGCCGAUCUCGCACACCGACGAACCGACCAACCCAUCAUGGUAAAUGCUAGAAACUAUAGGUGAAAUGCAAUAUUUUUGUGUGAACCGACUGCCCUAUUUUCAAUCUAUAGGUGAAAUAAUUUUUGUGUGAAAUCCAUCCUUAAUUUUUGAGUACAUGCUAGAAACUAUACUACAAUCUUUUGCAUGAUUCUAUAAUUUUUGUGUAAACCGACUGUAAUUUUUUCAUGAUUCUUGCAUAAUUUUUUUUUUCUAUUAUUAAGUGUUAAUGGCAGUGUAGAUAAAAGUAGUUCAAA